AUGCCCGGUAGCGAUGCAAAGCCAUCAUUCCUCGAAUCCAUUUCACCGUGGUCUACUUCCCGAAGUACGCCGCCUCAGCCUGAACCGCUCCCCCGGACAGAGUCUCUCAAGCAAACUUCAGGGCAGGACCAUGUUACGUCUUCCAAAAAGAGACUGAGUUCUCUACGAUACCCGAGUGAUUGCCCUCCAUUACAAACAAGAUGGUUCUACGCUGUAGAUACGCCCAAAUCGAAACCGGAUUUCUCAGGCCUUGAGAAAACCGAGCCGAAGCCUUUGCCUCAAGCUAAGAAAUUCGUUCCGUUUUCUUCAAAGGACACGCAAGCCAUUGAAAAGGCCUUCCAGCAACUUCUUCGCCAAGAAUCUAAAGAUGACACAGAAUCUGUGAAUGAUAAUGCUGCACAAAAUACCAUCAAGGUCCCAGUCAACGAGGACUAUCUGUAUGACGUGGAUGUGGAUAAACGAGAACUCGGCCCCGCGUACUGGCUAGGACCCAUCUAUGAAGUCAGGCGUGGAACCUGGUUUUUUCAAGAGGGCUCCAUCCUGAAGCCCUGUGAAGAAAACCUUGCUACCCAACUUGAAGAGGGUUAUCUGAAGCUCAAGCCCUGGCAAUCCCAAUACGAGCAGAAUAAACCUAAAACGGGAACUACGUUACCGGAUUCAAAAAGUCAGGUGGUUCGGCCUCCAGAAAAUUUGAAUUCAGCACAUGGUGCAAUAGAAAAAAAGGUUGUCGAUGAAGGUAGACUGACACGGGGUCGUUCUGACAGUCAAGGGCGAUCUAGUACUCCUGUCCAGACGCUUCCAGUGCACCGUCUCUUUGGCGCAUACAUGAACAGCACUAUUACGUACCAGGAUUCAACUGUAGCGUGGUUAAAUCAUGCUGAUUUCAUGUCUCGCGUAAGUAGUUCUGUUUACCAGAGACUUGGCGGUGUGGGCGGCACGAAGGUCGUCAGAGGUUACGUCGAGCAAGGAGCUCAGAAAGAACCAGUCGACGGCAAAGGAACGUCAGCGAAAGGUUCUUCAGCACCGACUUCUCGUGUUGGAGAGAGGGAAGAUAUUCGGCUAUCCCAGGACAAAUCCGCAAGGAUGACUGACUCUCAUGAUCACGGACUGGAGACAGUCAAAGCCCAGCCGCUGUCAACUGGCCACCGAACAACGUUGCAACGUCACAUGUCUUCGCUGAAUGGCGAGACCGAGGACACUGCUGAGCUGGAGGAAGAAGCAAGAAAAUUGGAAGAACAGGAAAUGGAGGACUCCAGAGAGGCAGACGACGAAGACAGGGAUCGAGAGAUUGACCACCUCGUACUCGUCACACAUGGAAUUGGACAGCGUCUGGGACUCAGAUUGGAAAGCAUCAAUUUUAUCCAUGACGUCAACGUGUUGAGAAAGACCAUGAAAUCCGUAUACGCCGUAUCACCUGACUUGCAGGCGCUGAAUUCGUCGUCUCCGGACUCUAAGAAGAACUGUCGAGUUCAAGUGCUCCCUGUAUGCUGGAGACAUCUUCUGGAUUUCCCUCGUCAAGGUCUACGGCAAAAUCGUAGAGAGCUCGACCUUGCUGACCCUGAUAGCUUGUCCUCCGAAGACGAACAGUAUCCAAGUUUGGCAGAUAUAACUCUAGAAGGUGUACCAGCUGUCCGCAACCUGAUCUCGGAUUUGGCUAUGGACGUGCUCUUAUAUCAGAGUGCGUAUCGAGAACACAUCAUGCGUAUCGUACAGCAAGAAUGUAAUAGGAUAUUCCAGUUGUUCAAGAAGCGAAAUCCAUCUUUCAAUGGCUCAGUCAGUAUGUGCGGCCAUUCUUUAGGGAGUGCUAUUAUGUUCGAUAUCCUAUGUCGCCAGAAGAAUCCUCCUCAGAUGAAUCUCGGAGACAAAGGAAAGAGAAAUGAUUCGAUACAAACUAGUACGCGAGAUGCAGAUGGUGACUAUCCCCUUGACUUCGAUUGCAAAGAGUUCUUCUGUCUAGGCUCUCCAAUAGCACUAUUUCAAAUGCUAAAAGCAAAGACGAUUGUUGGAAGAUCAUUUGAAAAGAGUUCCCUUGAGCAGAAUUUGUCUUUGUUACACAGCCAUGGGCCAGUAUCUCCAUCGAUAGACGACCCACUGGAGCAGAAAGCCUUUGAAUGGAAUUCGAGUAUUUCUUCACCUCAGUGUGAAGAACUGUACAAUAUUUUCCACCCAUCCGACCCGGUCAGCUACCGUCUUGAGCCACUAAUUUCACCGGCAAUGACGGCCCUCAAACCUCAGCCCCUGCCUUUCGUGAAGAAAAGCAUUUGGACCGCUUCUGGUCAGAGCCUGUCAAAUAUUGGCUCUCGCGUUGGGUCGAUGUGGACAAAUUUCACGUCUGGUGUCGCAAGCAGCUUGUUAAACCGCAGUUUAGGCAUACAGCCUGAGGAGCCAUCGGCUCCGAGUCACUCCCGCAAUGCUUCCCAGCAUUCGAUGUCCGAAAUAAAGGUCGAUAAAGAGAGUAUCAAAAACAACAAAUUCCCGGCGAAUAUGAAACUACACGAUAAUGAGGUGGAGUUCCCAACCCUCAUAGAUUCCGGAUUGGAGACACUCUAUGAAGGCUUCGAAAAAACCAGACGCAGUGAUGCAAAGAGCGCUUCCGAAAGUGAGAUUGAAGCCGAAGAUCGUUCUCGAAGGCUCAGGAUCGAGGAAGCCAAAGUCCGGGCUCUAAAUUCAAAUGGCAGGGUGGACUACGGCAUUCAAGAAUGUUAUCGAGGAUGCGAAGAAGACGCCAAAAAUGACGACCAUGAAAGCAACUGUGCUACAAAUAAUACGUGUUACGAUACCUCAUAG